UCGCUCUCUGUCCAUCAGAAGUUCUUCCAAGGCAAAAAGAUCAUAUUUUUGGGUCAGCAUCGAAAGAAGCAAUCUUGCUACCAUCUAGAAGCCGCUGAAAGGAUUUCAAUCCAACACCAACCCUUUUUGACCUCAUUGGGAGAGAAAAAAGAAGAUGACGGGGAUUUGGUUUGCUAUAAAGAAAUCUCUGCAAUGCAAGUCGGAAGCUGGCCAGGUUCACGAGCCGGAGAGGAAAGGCAAAGGAAUCCAUCUUAAUUACACCACUAAGAAGAAGACCUCCCCUUGGUGUUCUAGUUGCUCGCCGUCCGUCACGAUUCUCAAAGACGUCAUCCAUGGAAGCCAUGUCCCUCCCGAUCCGCCGAUGACAUCUAGCUGCAGCCCGAGGUCCGUUGGGAGUAGCGAUUUAGUCCACCCGCUGACCCACGAGGUCCUCGCUUCCGUCUCCGGCAACGAGGUGAAAAUCGCUGCCUGUCAUGGCGGCGGCGGAUUUGGGUCUUAUAGUUGUGGGGGCGGGCCUUUGGUUGAUCACGGAUUGAUGGGUCGUGGGAGAGCUGGCAUUCAAAAUUGUUCUGCUUUGGGAGAAGAGGGGAUGGCUGCCUGUUCUAGGAGGAAGAAGGAUAAGGUUUCUUAUUCCUUUUCUGGAGGGAUUGAGAUAAACGAAGGUCAGGAGAUUGAGGCUAAUGGGAGUUAUGGUGCAUUGGCUUGUUAUUAUUGUGGAGAGGAGUUUAAGAAAUGGCAGGCUCUGGAAGAUCACCAUGUCUGCAAUCAUGCAGUUACUGAACUAGAAGAAGGCGAGUCCUCCAAAAAGAUUGUUGAGAAAAUAUGCCAAGCAAGCUUUUCAGAUCAGUCUGACAGAAGUUGCCUAAUUAUAGAGAAGAUAUUAAAAGUUCAUAACAUGCAGAAAACUCUAGCUAACUUUGAAAAAUACAGGGAAUCAGUGAAGGCCAGAGCUAGCAAGCUUCAAAAGAAGCAUGCGCGCUGCAUAGCUGAUGGAAAUGAGCUUCUGAGGUUUCAUGGCACUACAAUUUCUUGUUCUUUAGGCGUUAAUGGUUCCUCAAGCCUGUGCUCAUCAGAGAACUGUAAUGUUUGCCGGAUCAUAAAGCUCGGUUUUUCUGUAAUAUGGGAUAUGAAUGAAGGGGUGGGAGUAUUCACGGCUUCGACAAGCGAAAGAGCAUUUGAAUCCAUUGAGACAAGCAAAGAAAAACCUUUGCCGAAGAAGGCCUUGCUGGUUUGCAGAGCAAUUGCUGGGAGAAUUCAUAAGCCAUUGGAUAAUCUUCAAGAAGUGAUUGGUCUGCCAGGCUUUGAUUCAUUAGCAGGAAAGGUUGGUGGGCAUUCAAGUCUUGAUGUGCUUUAUUUGCUCAACCCACGAGCCCUUCUUCCUUGCUUUGUGGUGAUCUGUAAGUCGUAGGA